AAUAUUUGUUGUCAUUUCUUGUUUUGCUGUCAAUUUCCACCUGAGCAAAUUUUCUUUUAUAUUUAUAAAUUAACAUUCAAUUAUUUAAAAAAUCAUAAAUAAUUUAAAAGCAUACAAAGUACCAUGGCGGCUUCACAACCAGUGCGAACAAAUUGGCAUCCAAAUAAAAAACAUAGCGAUGUGGAGCGUUGGAUUUGCAUCUAUCCCGCAUAUAUAAAUAGUAAAAAGACACGUCAAGAAGGACGGCGCCUACCGAAAGAACAAUGUGUUGAAAAUCCCACCUAUGCAGAGAUACGUGAUGUGCUAUCAGUCACCAAUUUACGUGUUGGCGUGGAAAAUAAGCAGUACUCAAGGGAACGCAGCAGGGAAAUGCAAAUGCGCGGCCGUGUUCGCGUACAGAUGCGUAACGACGAUGGCGAACCGUGCAAUCUGGAGUUAGGCUCACGUGAGGAUAUAAUGCGUUAUGUAGCAUUUAGAAUACCACAAUUGAAAUCACGUCAAGGGAAAUCCGGUGAUCAGCAACAACAUGUGCAGGCACAACAAUCGACUGGUGGAAAAAAGGGCAAAGGCAAGAGGCGUUAAUAAGUCGGAAAAAUAAUAACACAGUUUUACAUAUAUCUUUGAGCACUGAUUAUUUAGAGCUCAACUUUGUGCAAAGUGAUAAAUGCAUUUUUUAAUUUUAUUUAGUUGCUUUAUAACUCUGCAUACUACUCUUCUGUUUUCUUUACAAUUCUUAAUUGUAAAUUAUUUUGUAUAAAGGAAAUAAAAGAACAAAACACUAAAAAAUACAUGUGUAAAUGUCUGCGUUCAAAUAUAUAACAGA